AAUAGAGUCAGCAUCAUGGGACGGUCGUGUCUCUUCUCUCUCGACGAGAACGAUGACGAAUGAGACCCUAUUCGCAAGGACCACAGAUGACAAAAAAUGUGACAGAAGAUGGGGGAUUGGAAUUUGUUGGGCAGCAUUUUAGAGGAGGUCCAUAUUCACUCCACCAUUGUAGGGAAGAUCUGGCUCACCAUCCUUUUUGUUUUUCGUAUGCUUGUGCUGGGUGUUGCAGCAGAGGACGUCUGGGAUGAUGAACAGAGUGAGUUUGUUUGCAACACAGAGCAACCUGGGUGCAAAAAUGUUUGCUAUGACCAGGCUUUCCCCAUCUCCUUGAUCCGUUAUUGGGUCCUUCAGAUCAUAUUUGUGUCAUCUCCGUCUUUGGUCUACAUGGGUCAUGCAUUGUACCGUUUAAGAACCAUCGAGAAGGAGAGGCACAGAAAAAAAGCAUGUCUGAAAGCUGAACUGGAGGUGACGGACGCUGUUCUCGACCAAAAGCGAAUAGAACGGGAGCUCAGAAAACUAGAUGAACAGAAGAAACUAAGGAAAGCUCCCCUUCAAGGCUCCCUGUUACGAACAUAUGUUUUCCAUAUCUUGACAAGAUCUGUAUUGGAAGUGGGUUUUAUUAUUGGUCAAUGUGGUCUGUUUGGCUUGGGCCUGCCUCCUCUGUACAAAUGUGAGAGGUUGCCUUGCCCCAAUAGUGUGGAUUGUUUUGUAUCACGACCGACCGAGAAGAACAUUUUCAUGGUUUUCAUGCUGGUUGUAGCCGGAGUUUCUUUAUUCCUCAACCUUCUUGAGAUCUUUCAUCUGGGGAUGAAAAAAAUCAAACAAAGUUUGUAUGGUUAUAAAUAUGGAGAUAAUGACAGUGCGUGCAGGUCAAAGAAAAACUCCACGGUGCAGCAUGUUUGCAUAUUCCCAAAUUCCUCCCCACAAAGACUGAUGCAACUUCCACAAAUGGUCUGCUCAGUUGUGUCGAGCUCUCACAAAGAAACUCAGCCGUUGAAUCUGACAGCCAUAGCUCCUCUUAAUCAGGAGCCUAACAGUGGCAACCAAUUCCCAGCACAGGCUCACCAGCCAAGCCAAGUGGACAUCCAGAGUAUGCGGCAUCUGAGAGCUAUGGAGAGGCAACACACUCUGGACAUUUGGAUGCAAUCGUCUUGCAGUGAUUUAGAUGCUCCUCAUCACUCUGGGAUGCUGCAGUAUACUGGACCUCGAACUACAUUAAUGGCCAGCCACAUGGAGAUCCCUGCAGCCCAGAGCAAUUUCGAGAGAAAACAAAGUGAUAUGGGUGUGUAUAAAGGACUUAGUGACACAAGUGAUUCUCCUGGGAGUGACCGCUUCUCGACAGCCCGGAAAAGCAGUUUCAUGUCCCGAGGAAUGUCUGAUGGAAGGCAGGGCAGUCCGUCAGCCAGUCUAUAUUCUAUGAAUGGAAUGAGCACUGAGGCCCAGAACCUCAACAAGAAAGAGAGUCCUGUAGUGACUCCACCACCUCCAACUUCUGGGAGGAGAAUGUCAAUGAGCAUGCUUCUGGAGCUAUCUUCCAUCAUGAAAAAGUAAACUUGGAAAUCGGUUGUGGAAGUGGACUGGGAGCUGACCGAGUCGACCAAAUCUCUAGAUCUUGGAUGGGCUUUUUCUCCGUUUUCAACACAUUCAAUAUUCAAACCUUAUUCAUUGGCACUGGUGAAAUGGAUCUUCUACAAGAGCAGACCACAGCAUGUAAUCGCUUAACAUUGUCCCUUUUGUGAACUUUUGAAACUUUUGCCAAGGUAUGUUUUGUAUGAACGCCCCAAAGAAAACACACAAAAAUACAUGGGGACCUGGGGGCGGUAAAAAUGCUUCUCUGCAAGUGAGGUAACGGAGCGACCAAACUGAAAGGUUACGGUCGAUAAACAAACGAAAAAGUAUCGGUUCGGUUUAGGUUGUUCAUACCCGUAGGUAGAUUUGUUUUGCAGCGCGAGUGAUGCACGUAGACACGACAACCACGACUGUAGACGAUCAUGAACAAAAGUCCUAUCAAAACCUCACUUCUACCUUGUGUGCGCAAUGCUACUUGAUUGGUAUGCUAUCGUUUAUCUCGAUAUUCGCUGCUGCAAUAAUGACAUUUCUAAAGCGCUCGUUUUUGCAUUUUGGGACUGUGAACCUGGAGAUGAAAUUCACUGUGCAAAGGGUGGGGCUCAUCUUUUAAGAAGGAGCUCGUUAGGCGCUGUAACUGAACCUUCCUCUGGUGCACAAAGAUGCUGGACUCAGCUGUGACUCACGACAAGACCAUUUAACACUGUGGUUCAAGGAAGUUUUCUUCUUCAAACAAAACACACGAACGCUGGUGCCCCUUUUUGCCCACAGCUUCACAAUUUGCUUCGAAGUUCAGCAUGGAGUCCAAAAUUGUCCCAAGGUAUUUGCAUGAUCGAAUGAUGAAACCAUGAUACAUUUUCCACCGUUUGACCCUUGACAGAGGUGCGUUCCUUCUAAAAUCGAUGAUCGUGUCUUUUGUCUUCGAUAUGUUUAACUGAAGAUAGGACGUCCUCGCACUAUCCGGCAAAGUCGUCGGUGACCGACCGAUGGGUCGUCUCAUCGUUCUGGAGCAGACUGACGAUGACAGUCAUCUGCAUACUUUAAGAUGCUCCUACUUUCACAUCUGCUCUGGCACAGAUUUGUGUAGCGCAUGAAGAGAAAGGGUGAAAGCACUUGUGGGGAGUCAGUUGAGGAGCAAACCUGGAUUUGCAAGCAAUACUACGGUUCGGGGAUCAGGGCAAGGGUGCAUGGCGGAGUGUCAGUUGCCAGCCCAAAACUAUGUACAGUGUGUAAUAUCCCAACACGUUCAAUAAACUCAUUUUAAAAGGACGCUCUAAGGACUAUAAUUGGAGCCGUAUCAAAACAACAGCAACACCUGCCUUUGCAAAGAUAAUGCUCAGUUUACAUUGAUGUGAGGUAUGUAUUCAACCAAUGCUGUGCAAUGUUGGUUACUACUGUUAGAUAUUGUUUUUUCGAUCGCGUAAGCAACAUUUUGAUGACUCCUCUGCUGCAGAUUUCCCACCUCAAGGUUGCAAUUUCUCAAGAUGUUAAGCAAGGCGCUCUUGACACAUCCUGACUGCAUUGACCUAUUUUGCAACUACACUUAAGGUCAGAACCGUUGCCCUCAAGAUAACAGAUUCAUUCCCCCACACACUCUGGUUAGGGUGACGGGCAAGUUAAAUAGAGGGACAAGAACCCGGACCGGCAGACUGGAUGCUCGACUCGUUGAAUGACCUCCGGGGCUGUAUCUACUUGUGUGCGCGAUGGCUAUUUGCUCAAUAUACAGUCUAUCUGAACUAAUUUCCUCCUCUGUCUAUUGUCUCCCUUCAUGAGCCUAUCAACAAAAGAACACCACCGUACACCGCUGGGGUGAAAUAUAAUGUAUGCCUUUGUUAGUGUUAUUCAAAAUGGAUCGUGUAGUCCAUGACAUUUGACAGAUUAACAGUCUUUGUAAGAAGAAAGUUAAGCGGUUUUGUUGAGCAACUCGUAUGUUAAUUUAUGAAGAGCUCUUCACACAGCUUCAGAACUGAGAUAAAAGCCAUCCAUUUUCUUCGUCUUAUCCGUGCAGUCACGGGAGCAGCAGUUUAAGCAGAGAAGGCCAUACUUCCUUCUCCCCAGCCACCUCAUCCAGCUCUUCUGGGAAUAGACCAGCCGGGAGACAAAGUCUCUAGCGUGUCCUGGGUCGUCUCCGGGGCCUCCUGCUGGGUUAGGGUGAGGGUUCGUCUUCCCGUGAGGAGAUUCGCCCUCAUCUGGCGCCUCACAAUGCGGAGGAGGAGCGCCUCGCCGCUAAGCCACUCCCGGUUGACGGAGCUUCUCACCCGAGCUCUAAGGGAGAGCUGCGGAGGAAACUCAUUUCGGCCGCUUGUAUCUGUGAUCUUGUUCUUUCAGUCACGACCCGCAGCUCGUGACCGCAGGCGAGGGUAGG